UAAAGCAAGUAUACAACGCUGGCGGUGGUCACACGUGGGUACGCAAGUUUAUCAGAGUAAUUUGGUGUAGCCAACUUAAUUAGAAACAUGUCAAAAAGGCAGACAGCCAUGCUAGAAGUAACUACCGGUUCUGAAGUGGGACACGAGGAGAAGGAGGUCCAGGAUCCCCCGCCAGAGACCAGACGGACCCGUAGCGGCCGCAAAGUGCGCACUCCAGCCGCACUUCUGGACUCAGAAGCCCCAGUGAGGACCCCCAGCCGGAGGACCAGGAGGUCCGUCCUCCAGGAGCUGGCGUCGGUAGAAAAGGAAAACACGGAGGUAGCAGGGCAGAAACUCGAGAGUCUGGCCGAAGAGAAGCUCGCCAUGUCAGUCGAACCAGAGUCUGGUGACGUUACCUCGUCAGAGCAAGCGGAGCCGCACGCACAGGCUGCAGCAGAUACAGACGGAGGCCACGUUAACGGGAACGAAGACAUUCUUCUGCCCGGGCCUGCACCGGCAGAAACGGCACCCACGAGUUCUGCCGCCGCCCCAAAUAAGAAGGUUCGUCUGGGUUUAAGUGCGAAACAAAGUCCGGUCAUUCCGCUGGGAAAACCCAAAUCCGGCAGAGUAUGGAAGGACCGCAACAAGCUGAGGUUCUCUGCAAUGUUGAGAGACAAACCAUUGUGCUCUUCUUGGGAAAAGAAGAUGGAGGCCAAACGGGACAAGGACCUGGUGAAACGGUAUACUUUGCAGCUUAAAGGGGAUAAAGCCAAACAGAGAGAGGACAAGAGGAAAAGGAGAGAGGACAACUUGAAACGUCGUGCAGAGAAUGAACGCAAAUCAGAGAUUGUGCAAGUGAUCACGAACACGGCAAAGAUCAAGAGGAUGAAGAAGAAACAACUCAGGAAAAUUGAGAAGAGAGACACGCUGGCUCUGCUGCAGAAGUCACAGAAGCAGCGCGUAAAAGUCAAAGCGCAAAAAAGUCAGAAGGUUGAACAAGAUAUGACCUAAAGAUUGUGAGAUAAUAAAAAUGCAACUCUUCAGAACUUGGCCUACAUGUUUUAUAUGUGGAUGUCUGAAAUACAGCAAGCAUCUGUAUGGGAGUUAAACAUUUUGCACAAUAGGUGAGAUUGCUGUUGGUCGCCACUCUAAAGAUUCAACCUUUUCUGUUGUCUUUUUUUUUUUUUUGGCAUAAGUGUCCGAUCAUUGAUUUGCCUAUUGCUCUGUUAACAUCUCUCUAAAGCCUGUAAAACAUCACAUAUGACCAAUUCUGUUUUACUUGUAGGAUUUUAUAUUUAAUAAAAUUGAAAUUCUUAUUGUAAAUCAAAUUGUCACACUACUUGAUGGCCGGGAAAUACAAGUUAAAAAACAGUGAAGGUAUGACGAGUUUAAAGUAUGUAUACCAUUAGAACAACAAUACCAGAAAUAUGUACUUUUUAAUUGUUGAGGUGUUCUUGAGUAUUGUGUUAUUGUGAGGAACUUAACUGGUUAUGACCUACAUAAGUAUCUGAGACUGUCAGCGAGAAGAUUUUCUAUAAUGUUAUUAGUUAGAGGAGCAGAGCAUCACCUCGCUGCUACACCGCUCCCUGCGGGGAGCCAACACCGACACCAUACAGCGGAGACUUGGGCCAUAGUACUGGGUGCACGGGAGAACCAGGACUGAGUGGGGCCGACUGUCAGACCCUGCUGCAGUAAAAUGAGAGGUUUUCUAAAGGGACUCUUUUGCUUGGAAACACGACCGCUUUUGUCCAAAGGGACUGCCAAAAUCAACAAAAUGUUUUCCUUGUAUAACUUUAAAUGCACUUAAUAAAUUACAUGGAAGCUUUAGAGUGACAACCUAUGUCUUCAGUCUUCAAUUAUUUACUGGUUAUUACUAGAAAAAGUACAUCUGCUGAGCUUAAUUGUGUGAUACGUAUCCAGAAUAUAGAA